UCAUCACUUAUAAAAUGCAUGAUUUUUCGUGAAAAAUCAUCGCUUAUUAAGUCAUGAUUUUUCGGCAAUGCUCGAUGACAAUUUCAUCGAUUAUGCCCUAGGACAUCUCCAUGUUAAUGUCAUCAGCUCAGCGUAUGGCCGGUCAUCGACUAUGUCAUCGGGGGUAGUGACGCGUUCAUCGACGUGUCAGCAGCUGAGUCAUUAAUGACCCGUACUGCAGGGACUUUACUCGCUCACUCAUACAUACACAUAUGUAUGUAUGUAUCCUACCAAUCCAAUACCAAUACCUUCCCAAAAAGAGUGAGGCCUCGUAGGCAUGAGUGCGCCUGCUGGUAGAUCUUGCGUAUCUGCGGUCCGUCGUAACACUUGGAGCCCGUCAGCUAUUUGUGAGUGGAGGAACUUGUCGGGAUCAAGGUCUUUCGAAGCUGAAAUGCCGUGCUUUGACUUUGCACGAUUUUAUAUUUAUAUUUUAACAUACUAUAUUUUGAAAAUAUAUACAUAUCUCUCUGCAUAAAUUGUUGGUGGUCCUGAAAAGGAGCGAUUUGUAAGGAUAGGAUAAGUGCCUAUCCGGGGUUGACUCCAUCCGGAUUGGGAGUAUCUAUCUCGGAGACUCCCACGACUAUUGCCAUAAAUUGGCAUUCGGCAGAUGCUCCAUGAUUUUGGCCUCCAUAGCUUGAAUGGCAAUGCCGGAUAGCUCCAGGUCCGUGCUAUUGAGUCGGUUCAAUGUGGUGAGAGGUGUCGCCGGGUAGGAACACACUCGCCAACGAGUAAAUCUAUCUGUCCCACCUCCCUGAGAUGCAGGGAUGCAAUGUACUGAAAGUUGUAGACAGGGCCCAGCACUUUGUCCAUCCGCAGAUGUACGACGUCCCGCUGUCCGAGGAGCAACUUCAGAACGCGAUAGAACACGUACCGCGGGAGAGUCGCUCUGCAGAAUUGAAUUCCGGCGAAGUGAACAUGCUGUAUAACCUUCAAUUGUUUACGAGUCCGGACGAGUUUCAUAUGGAUUGGGGUUGGCACAGAAAAUGGAAUGUUCUGGUUAUCGCGGCCUUUAAUAUGGAUGGGAGUAAUUUCCAUUACCUCCAUAUGAAAUUGAGCAUGGUCAGGGAUAAGGUGAUGGGAAACAUCGAAAUAAACGAAGCAUUAAUGACGGUGCUGAACGUCAUACACCGACGUGGGUACUCCAACCGUCUUUUUUCUAGGUACAGAAGGCUCAAGUGUUGAGGAUUUACUGCAAAUAAUUAUUUGCAGUUUUGCUCUAUAUAUGCAUACAUGUAUAUUCUUUGCUAUGAAAGAACAGUUAGCACAACAUUUAU